AGCAAGCUGAUCGUUCUGGGCCCUCGGUUUUUCUCCUCCUUUCUCCAACCACAAUACCUACUUACACAAUCCGAAAGACCUUGCCUUGGCUUGGAUAAGCAACCAGCAGCACUCCGUCAUACACCCUCCUCCAACCACGUCUCACGUCCGUGACCUUCUAGGCAAGAACACGCGCGCCGCCCCCCCCCCUCCUCCUCCAUCCUUGAGUCCCCCGCGCACGACCGCUGAACGCUUGAACGCCGCAUUCUUCCCUGGACCUCGCUUCCUCGUGUCGGUCAUCCUUCGUCCGGACCUCUAACCGGAGCUCCCAUCCACACUCACACUCACACGCUUACCCCAAUAUCCCAUAUCCCCUUCCUCUCACCUACCUACUCCCCUUUCUAUUCUCAUCCCAUUCGAUCCAUAGGCGCGCAGAUAGAAUUACAAACUUGCACCUCUUCUCCCCUUCCCCCACCCCCAGUCAGAUAGAUAAGACCGAGAAAUGAGCCAAGCGGCCGCGACGGACCCCUCGCCGGCCCCAACCUCUCCUCCGUCCUUCUCCGAAGACGCAGCGGGAACAAACGCCAGUAACACUACAACGACAACCACCACCGCGACGGCGUCGCCAGCCCUGCAGCAUCAGCAGCAGCUAGACGAGGCCACGCCACCGACGGAUCAGGAGGUCCACGAGAUCACCACCACGCUCGCAGCAGCCGCUGCCGCCAAGGAUCCGGCCGCCGCCGCUAGUAUCACUACUACCGCUGCCUCUGCAUCUGCGAGUUCGUCGGGUGCCGCGCCCAAAGGUAUAUCCGCCACCACUACUGCUGCUACUAGCGAGACGAACGACGACAACAACAACAACGACAACGGUAACCCCAACCCAGAGGGUAUCCUGAUCCUCGACGACGACGAAGAGGUUACGAGCUACUGGGAUGCUGGAGCCAUGGCUCCCCUCAACUCAGUCUCUGCGGCGGCCAUCGCGCGCCUCAGACGAUAUGUACCGCCCGCGUUCCCACUCUGGGACCGACUCCCAGUGAGCCGCCGAGCGGCCGUUUUGAUUCUACUCUACGCCGACCGCAGGGGGGACUUGCGCGUCGUCAUCACGAUGCGCGCAGCCAGCCUGCGUAGCUUCUCCGGGCACGCCGCGUUCCCGGGAGGCAAGGCGGACACGCUGCAAGAAACACCAUACGAAAUCGCAAGAAGAGAAGCGUGGGAGGAAAUCGGCCUACCCAUGGACGACGCCCGCAUCCCGAAACCAUUCAAGAUCGAACCCCUCUGCUACCUCCCCUACAACCUCGCCCGCACAGAACUCGUCGUCCGUCCCUGCGUCGCCUUCCUCCACGCCGACGAGGACCCGGACGAAGACGACCCGAGCCCGCUCGUCGAGGAGCGCAUGAUCCCGCGUCUGGACGCCAAGGAAGUCGCAGCCGUCUUCUCCGCGCCCUUUCAGAACUUCCUCCGGUCCAGGGACGCAGACCUCCCCUCAUCGUCGUCCAAGGUCCUCCCGCCGGGCCACUGGUACGACGGCAGCUGGAUCCAAUGGAAAGAGCACCCCUGGCGCGUUCACAACUUUUAUGUCCCCGUAGACGACCAGCGCGUCACGACGCCGGGGAACGCGAUGGAGGUGGACCAUCCGCAGAGUAACCUUGCCGAGAAGCUCGAAGAGGAAAAGGAUAAAGAGGGUGGCGGGCGGUUUAAAGUAUGGGGUCUGACGGCGCAUAUGCUCGUCGACUGUGCGCGGAUCGCGUAUGGGAAGGAUCCCGAGUUUGAGUGUAAUGAGCACUUUGGCGAUGAGGAGAUUAUUUUGCAGGCGGAGAGGGAGGGGAGUUUGGUUGAGAAGAAGAGGAAGAGGGAUGAGACUACGACGAGUACGACGACGGGUUCGACUGAAGGGGAUGGGAGGGGGGAGAAGGCGGAGCCUGCGAAGAUGUAAAGACAUGCACGUAGGUUGACCGAGAUCCAACGAUGGGAUUCACGAUUUCUUCGGGCUUGUAACGUUGAAGAACCUGGAUUUUGGGGGUUGUUAUAUGCAUCACCUGCCCUCGAGAUGUAGAAAUCACAUAUAUAGAGUCUGCAGCUGCAGCUAGAGCAGCCGCAGCCGCCAUGAUGAAUGAAUAUUUGCUUUCGCA